AUGAUAAAUUAUUUUGAUUUUAGCGAUUAUAUUCGAAAGAUACAAGAAAUGCCUUUUGUUGAUUAUACCAGCUAAAUGUUCCAUAUAACUUUUUUAUCAUUUCAGGCAGGAGCUUCUAGUAACAAUCAAAAAGUCUUAAAAAAAUCAUUUUAUCUUAUUGAUUAAGUUCAUUCAGCAUACUAGUUCAAAAACAUUAAUCUAAAAGAAUUGCAAUAAAUAUAUAAUGAUUACAUAAAUGGAAAACGGAAGAUUGAUUUUGAAGUACCAGAUGAGGCUUUAUAAGAUUCUAAAAACAGUCAAUUAUAUUGCGUAUCAAGUCUCUUAAAUAAAUACCAAAGAUCGGCUGUCUUAUCAUAGUUCAAACAAGAUAUUGCAUCAAAAUAGAAAUUUUAAGGAUACUUUGACCAGAAUGAAAACACAGAUAAAUUUAUAAAUUAAUUUUAACAAUCGAAUGUCUAGAUGUUAGAAAAAAAUGGGAAUAAAGAAGCAACUGAUUCUAGUAUUUAGAAUAAUUAUUAGUAAGUGGAAAUUUAGAUACCCUAAAUUAAGGAAAUUUAUUAUCUGGCAAUAGAUUAAUCAAAACAAUAUAAACAAUAGUAAUAUGAAGAAUAUAGAAAUAAAGAAAGUUAGAAGUCAUAGAUAUUCUCUUAAAUAAAUAAACAAAGCUAAAUCUAAUAAAGUACUCAAUGUAGUAUUUGUUUAGAAAAUGUUUAAUAAGACAAGUAUGCUCUUACAGCUUGUUAGCAUAUAUAUCAUAAAUAGUGCUUAGAGAAUUUAAUCAAUGCAGCAUCUGAAUUUCCAAUAAAAUGCCCAAACUUAGAAUGUAGAGAAGAAAUAUUGAGGGAUGACUUAGAAAAUAUUGUCUCAAGUCAAGUUAUGGAUAGGCUAGAAAAAAUUGCUUUCAAUUAAUACUUAUUACAAAAUCCAAAUGUUUUUUAAUGUCCAACUGAGAACUGUAAAGGUGUUUAUGAAAUAGAAGGACCAAUCUAAGUGUGCAUGAUAUGCUAGAAUUUAUUUUGUACUAGAUGUAGAAGGUUAUAUCAUGAAGGAAUAUGUGGAGAAGAGAGCUUUAUAAAUGCAGUUCAAGAAGCUAGAUAUAGAUAAUGUUCUUAAUGCCAAAGGUGGAUCGAGAAGACCGCUGGAUGUAAUCAUAUAACUUGCAAAUGUGGAUUUUAGUUUUGCUAUCUUUGUGGCACUGUCUGGGUAAGAGGAACGGACUGUGACUGCAGAAAUAGACCUUAAUAAAAUGAUAUUAAUGUUUAACAAAUACCACAUGAUUUAAAUCAGAUAUAAUAAUUUGUCAAUCAACAGCCUCAACGUUAGAGUAAUUCUUAGAAAGUUGAUAAAGUUCUAAAUAAAUUGGGUUUAAGUUUUGUAAAAAAAAUAUUUAGAAAAUGGUGA